GGAAAACCGGGCGCGCAAACGGAAGCACAGCCCACAGAACGUAAGAGAACAGAACAGAAGACAGAGUCUUACAUUACAGAGCCCAAACACUGAACCAAUCAACUUUCUCCUCUUCCUCCGAAUCAAAUUCCGAUCGGCUGUUCCACCGCCAAACUCAUUCAGGAUCUUUGUAAUGAUGAAAACCAGACAACCUCGGAUUCGGAAAUCGUCGAGGCCGUCGUGGACGCUGACGCUGUCGCUGCUCGUCACCUGCUGCUUCCUCGUUCUCAUUCUCCUCACUCUCCGGAUUCUCUCCGCUUCCAAUGCCAACUCCUCCACUGCUCUCUCCAAACCCAACGAUCUCAGCUCCAUCGCUCGCACCUCUCACGUCCAAGAAGACGACAACCAGGGAGAACGCUGGGUUGAAAUAAUAUCCUGGGAGCCCAGAGCUUUUCUCUAUCAUAAUUUUCUGAGCAAGGAGGAAUGCGAGUAUCUAAUUAAUAUAGCGAAGCCAAAGAUGCAAAAGUCAUCAGUUGUUGAUGCUAAAACUGGAAAGAGUAUGGACAGCAGAGUACGGACUAGCUCCGGUGCUUUUAUGGCCAGAGGACGUGAUCAAAUUGUGAGGGAUAUUGAGAAAAGAAUUGCUGAUUUUACUUUUAUACCCGUAGAGCACGGUGAAGGACUUCAAGUUCUCCAUUAUGAAGUUGGACAAAAGUACGAGCCUCAUUUUGACUACUUUAUGGACAACGUUAACACUAAGAACGGGGGACAGCGGAUAGCAACAGUGCUGAUGUACCUUUCAGAUGUUGAAGAAGGUGGUGAGACAGUGUUCCCAGAUGCGAAGGGAAAUGUUAGCUCUGUGCCUUGGUGGAAUGAGCUUUCUGAAUGUGGAAAAAAAGGACUUUCAAUUAAACCAAAGAUGGGUACUGCUUUACUUUUCUGGAGCAUGAAGCCUGAUGCAACCUUAGAUCCAUUGAGUUUGCAUGGUGGGUGUCCAGUGAUUAAGGGUAAUAAGUGGUCAUGUACCAAAUGGAUGCGUCUCAAACCAUACAAAGCUUAAAUACCCAUUACUUCAGGCUCAUAAUGAAUUCAACAUGUCAAUAUUAUACUAAGGGGGUGGAAGGAAAAUGUUCAUGUAACUGCGCCCUGUAAUUUUUGGAUGUUUUACCAUACCUCAAUUCUUUGUCCUACCCUUUCUGGUUAAAUUACUAAUCGAGACUAAUAAAUUUUUAAAGAUUUGCAUUGGUUAGGAGAUGAAGAAAUAGUAUGAAACCAAUAGAUGGAAUGAGUAUAUAUCAUAGGCUUUUCGAGUUUUUUUUUUUUAAUGUUUUCUGCUUCUGUUGUUAUAGAAUUUUUUAUAUUCUUUGUUCCAUAUUAUACGAAUUUAAGUAUUGAUUGACAA